ACUGCACUUACUGGAUGUGAAUAGUGUCCAAAGAUUAACUAAACCCGGCAUAAGAUGUCACACGUAUCUACCCAUGACGGGAAAGAUGACUUUCCCCAGCCACAGCCCUUGGAGGACCUCCCGGCCUACGAAACUGCCCUCGCCGAUACGCCGCCGAGUCGAAAUGACAUUCACGUACCAUCACCUAGUCAACCACCGACCUUUAUUCUCGACAAAUGCGCCAUCCACGCCCUCCUUGAACCCGAUCGCCUGCUGUAUGAGCUGAGCAACCCUCCCUGCCAGGCCACAACCAGCAUCUAUGGAGUCGAAAAGAUCCGAUACAAAACCUCCGAGCGGCAAGGCGAGGUCAAGGUUAGGUCUCGCGUGGACCACAUUUACGACUUCCACAACAACUUUAUGAGCCUCGGCAUGCGUGACGUCGAAAUCCUGGGCAAGGCCAGUUCGAAACGUGUCUACCCCAAGGUCAAGAUGUCGCAGGGCCUUGGGCCGUCAUCCUUCAGCAUCAAAGACCACUUCAAAGUUGAGCAGCCCGUCCUAGAUCGGAUGCAGAGCGGGACGGAGCUAGUUUGGAAGGACAAUAGCGGCGUCGACAUUGCGCAUGAAACGCUAGUCGACCGCGACGAACAGGGCAACGUGACAAGACUGCCUCAGCUGAAGAUGAAAGUUGUUCUUGAGGAAAAGGACCUGGAUCUGUUGGUGACGUGUUGGUGUGCUCGACUGUGGAAGGAAGCUCAGAAGGACCUGGCUGAACCCUUCAGUUGGGACAAAUUCAAACGAUAUACUACGGCGACGACAAGUACUGGGGGGUGGAAGCUACGCACACUUAUGAAUUCAUAGUCGAGUGCAAAGUACCUGGUGGGGAUCAUACCCUCACUGAAUACGCUGUUGUGUUUCUGCAGCGAGCGUCCUUUGGAAUUUCCAUUCAUUG